AUUCAGCUAUAGAGGGGUGGUGGGACUGCAUGUUGCACAUAAGUGGAGGCAUCACAACUAAGCAACAACAAGAUCAACCAUGACUUCAUUGCUGGGCACAGCCCUCCUGGCUUUAGCCUUAUCAGGACCUACCAUGGCCUUUGUACCCAUCGGGGGUGGGGCAUCCACUCACAUUAGCAUUACAGGAUCGGCUCUGUUGCAAAAAGUGACAGACACAUGUCGGGCUGUGGCUGAGGCAUCUGGUCAUGAGUUCAAACCCACGGGUUCAUCUCCUGAGGAGCUGGUCCAGGCCUGUCUCGGCCCCACAGCCACAGGAGAAGUCUCUGGGGCCAAGUUUCACUCUGCUCUUCAACAAAUCUACACACAGAACGGACUGGUAGACCGUGACUUUGUCAACAGUGCGCCACACCACUUCAACUCAGAGGCCUUUCUGGAAGGACGUGGCCUAAUCACGGAGGGCGUGGUGGCCAUUAAGGCUAACAUUCGCAAGGAGAACUUCCAGGCUGCCAGGGAAACCCUGGGAAGAGUCCUCCAUACACUACAGGACUUCUACGCCCAUAGUAACUGGGUGGAGCUGGGAUACACAGACCCAUACAUCAACCUUAUACGCCCAGACCAACAACUGGAAAACCUGGCAGAUGUCGCCACUGCCACCUGCAGUGACUGUGCCAGUGGUUCAUGCCCCAAUCCCAUCCUCUCUGACAUCCUGAAGAAGAAGAAACUCACAUCAGGCUACAUGGGAAUCUUUUCUUCUGCCAAGCCUCAAGGUAAAUGCAGCCAUGGAGGUGCAGCUGACCUGACUAGCACAGCAGUUCCUCGUGGAGGCAUCAGCAAAGAUGAGCGUCGUGCGGACAACGUAGCCUUCCACAAUGCUGCAGUGACUCUGGCCACAGCCGCCAGCCUGCAGCUGCUGGAGGACAUCCGGUCAGCUGCCGGGGACAGAGACUUUCUGAGAAUGAUGGGGAUUGCUCGCUCCUCUGUCGUGUGCUUUGUUAUUGACACCACUGGCAGUAUGUCAGAUGACAUCGAUGAAGCCAGGGCUGUUGUUUACGAACUAAUUGACAGCAAAAAAGGAACACAGGAUGAGCCGUCGGAGUACAUUCUAGUGCCUUUCAAUGACCCUGGUUUUGGACCAAUGAUCAGAACAACAGACCCUGAUGAGAUGAAAAGAGAAAUCUCUAAGCUCAAAGCCAAAGGAGGUGGUGAUGUCCCUGAGAUGUGUCUGUCAGGACUUCAGCUGGCUCUCACUGGUGCCCCUUCCUCCUCCCAUAUUUACGUUUUCACGGAUGCCACAGCCAAAGACAUCGACCUCAAGGACACUAUUAUUGCUCUCAUCAGGAGCACCAAGUCAACUGUGUCAUUUUUCAUGACAGGGAGUGGUGCCAGACAUCGUCGUUCCCUCAGAGCUGCAAGCUUUGAAGACUACAAGGACCUGGCUUUGGCCUCUGGAGGCCAGGCCAUCCAAGUGUCCAAGAAACAGCUGCCUCAGGCCACAGAUGUCAUCCUUGACACAUCCACAUCAGCUCUGGUGACAGUUCUUCAGCGAGCAAGGAGCCCUGGGAAGCAGGAGACCUUUUCCUUUGUAAUAGAUGAAUCUCUGAAAAAUAUCACUGUCUACAUCACAGGAAAAUCCAUUACUUUCACACUGACCAACCCUGCAGGUGUGAGCCAGAGCCAAAACGAGGCCAACGGUAAACUGGGGACCGUACAGACAGUGGGCAACCUGUGGAGAAUUCGUCUCAAUGCAGCAAAGCAGACAGGGACCUGGAAGAUAAAUAUAAACACCAAAGAACCAUACACACUUAAAAUCACAGGCCAAAGUACCAUCACCUUUAUCUAUGACUUUGUGGAAAGCUUCAAAGGACCUCACCCAGGUUACGCAGUCCUCAGUGGGCGUCCACAAGCAGGCCAGCCAGCCACCUUGAUGCUCUCAGUAAUGGGCAGGAAAGGUCCAUCCUCGCUGACUAUUGGAGAUGUCGGCCUGGUAACAGUUUCUAGUCCUGAGACUGUUAGCAAUAGCACAACCACUGACAUGGGCAAUGGAGACAUCCUGGUGACAGUCGAUGCAGUCCCUGAGGGGGAGUUUGUUGUCAUUCUUAGUGGAACUGACAAACUGUCAAACAGUGAAUUUCAGAGGCAGUCUACCACCCAGAUGUCAGUCUCUAAAGUGAAUAUACAGGCUGUGGUAGACAACAGUAUGGAGCCAGGCAAAGCUUUCAUGCUCCCCUUCAGUGUCAUGACCCAGGGCUCUGGUGGCAAAUACUCCAUUGGGGCCAAAAAUGACAGAAACUUCAAAAUGUCCUACCCAAACAGCCUCACCUUGACACCUGAACAAUAUGCAAAUGCUACUUUGACCAUUACGCCACCUGCCAACACACCAUCGGGCACUGAUGUCACUCUGACUAUAGAAGCCAAGUCGUCCAAUGGUCUAGACUCCAAUUACGCCGUUUUGAGAUUGUCCGUUGUUACCAAGAUUACAGAUUUUGUUCCUCCUUCGUGUGAAGUGGUUAAUGUGCAGGCUGCUGAUUGUCCUCACAAUGUGUCCCAGUGUGGACCGUUCCAGUGGGAGCUCUGGGCCAAUCUUACUGAUGGAAAUGGCACCGGGAUAGAAACUGUUUCCCUGCGUCAGGGCAAUGGAAGCUUGACAUACACCUCCCUGAGUGCUCCUGUCAUUCAGGCAAACUACACAGCUUCCUGCUGCUCGCAGAUUGUUGAGUUGGUAGCUGUGGAUAAAGUUGGCAAUGUGGGCAAGUGCUAUCAUUCCAUUGUCCAGAUUCCAGAUUCUGUUCCACCUUUGUGUGAAGUAGUUAGUGUGCAGGCUGCUGAUUGUCCUCACAAUGUGUCCCAGUGUGGACCUUUCAAGUGGGAGCUUUGGGCCAAACUUACUGAUGGAAACGGCACCGGGAUAGAGACUGUUUCCCUGCGUCAGGGCAAUGGAAGCUUGACAUACACCUCCCUGAGUGCUCCUGUCAUUCAGGCAAACUACACAGCUUCCUGCUGCUCGCAGAUUGUUGAGUUGGUAGCUGUGGAUAAAGUUGGCAAUGUGGGCAAGUGCUAUCAUUCCAUUGUCCAGAUUCCAGAUUCUGUUCCACCUUUGUGUGAAGUAGUUAGUGUGCAGGCUGCUGAUUGUCCUCAAGAUGUGUCCCAGUGUGGACCUUUCAAGUGGGAGCUUUGGGCCAAACUUACUGAUGGAAACGGCACCGGGAUAGAGACUGUUUCCCUGCGUCAGGGCAAUGGAAACUUGACAUUCACCUCCCUGAGUGCUCCUGUCAUUCAGGCGAACUACACAGCCUCCUGCUGCUCGCAGAUUGUUGAGUUGGUAGCUGCAGAUAAAGCUGGCAAUGUGGGCAAGUGUUAUCAUUCCAUUGAACGCUCUGCUGGCCCUCCGGCUUUAACCCUGUCACCACCACUGUGGUUGUGCCUGCUGGUAUCUGCCUUCAUAGCAAGGUUUUAAGGGGCUUCAGUUUGGUUAUAGAGAUAUAGUGCGUCAAUAAAUUGUAGGCAGAAGUAAUGAAUAAGUAAUGGAUAAUAAAUGUGCUUCUAAAUUUCCAUGGAUACAUUAAUUGUGUUAUUGAAAGGAUGAUAAAUUUCUCGUGUUUUUGAUGCAUUUCAAUUUUGCUGACAAAAAAAUAACUCAGAUAAAUAUUUGGUUUCCUGCAAAGAGAACAAUCUUUAAUAGGAAUGCACAACAUAUAUCAGGCUAAUAUAUUUAAAUGAUCAGUGAUUUAUUUGUAUCAGUAAAAUUCAAACCCAUAAAUAGAUCCAGUCUGGAGAAAAGUCUUUGUAUCACAUUCCUAAUUUUAACCUAAUACAUCGUUACAACGCGCUUGUAACAUUUUUUGUGAGGUAUCGGAACCGAUUUGAUGCUUUCAGAAGACGAAGCGUCAGAGUGUAUGGCUAAAUAUUUCUCUUUGUACACAUUUACCAUGGAAAAUGUUGUAUGUAAAUGAAUUCAUAAUGGGAGCAUUUUACUUAUUGUUUGUGUAAUAAAAUGUCAUUAUCUUACGUA